AUCGACUGGAAGUGAAGAAGGAAAGACGAGAGGCCCGAAGGGGAAGAUGAGGGUCCAGUCCCGAAAGGCGAACUCAAAAGAUAUAAAGAGAUCGACAAUCUGUGCCCUCCUUCAACAUUCCACUGCAGAACCAAGACCUUGGCGAGAAUCACUCUGACCAUCACUGUUCCCCGUUCCCUGGGGGUCAGUCACACAAAAUGACGUCUUUCAGCCUCAGUCAGACUCUUCUUCUUGUUCUUUCGGCCGUUGGCAGUGUCUCUGCUGGUGUCGACAACUGGCUUAGUCCGCAGUACAAGUGGACAUAUCAGUUCCCUUUGCCUAUUCCUCCUGUCAAGGCUCCAUCAAAGACUAUCGUGAAUCCGGUAACGGGAAAGAACAUUCUCUACUACCAAGUUGAGAUCAAGGAGUUCAAGUCCCAGGUUUAUCCCGACCGUGGACAAGCUACGCUUUGGGGCUAUGAUGGCAUCUCACCAGGUCCGACUUUCAUGGUGGAAAAGGGAACUGAGACUGUAGUGAGGUUUGUCAACAAUGCGAGGUUGGCGAACUCGGUGCAUCUUCAUGGGUCUUUCUCGCGAGCUCCCUUUGACGGGUGGGCAGAAGACAUCACUCCUCCAGGCUGGUACAAGGACUAUUACUACCCCAACAGCCAAGCCGCACGAACACUCUGGUAUCACGACCAUGCCAUUGACCAUACCGCAGAAAACGCCUACUACGGCCAAGCAGGCGCCUACAUACUGCACGACCCCGCCGAAGACAGCCUCAACCUCCCCUCCGGCUACGGCGUCUACGACAUCCCGCUCAUCCUCUCCGCCAAGCAAUACAACGCCGACGGCACCCUCUUCUCCCCCGCCAGCGAAACCACCUCUCUCUACGGCGACGUGAUCCACGUCAACGGCCAGCCCUGGCCCUACCUGAAGGUCGAACCGCGCAAAUACCGCUUCCGCUUUCUGGAUGCAUCCAUCUCCCGCUCCUUCUUGCUCUACCUCGAGCGCGACACGAAGCAAGGGACUAAACUCCCCUUCGACGUCAUCGCCUCCGACGCCGGUCUGCUUACGGGUCCGCAACGCGUUUCGGAGCUGUACAUCUCCAUGGCGGAGCGGUACGAGAUCGUCGUCGACUUUGCGCAAUACAAAGGCGAAAAUGUCACGCUGCGCAACUCGAGAGAUGUGGGCGCGGAUAAUGAUUACCCUGAUACCGAUAAGGUGAUGAAAUUCAUUGUUUCUGGCACCUCCGUUAACGACCCGUCGAGCUUGCCGAGUAGUCUGAGGAGUGUUCCCUUCCCACCUACUAAAAGCCAGGUAGAUCAGCACUUCAAGUUCGAGCGGACCAACGGCGAGUGGAAGAUCAACGGCGUGUCGUUCGCUGAUGUCACGAACCGUGUGCUUGCCCGCCCAAAGCGCGGGAAAGUGGAGGUCUGGGAACUGGAGAAUAGUAGUGGGGGGUGGACGCAUCCUAUUCACAUCCACCUGGUCGAUUUCAGAGUCAAAAAGCGGGUGAACGGGAAGCGCUCUGUUCUGCCUUAUGAAGCGCAGGGGUUGAAAGAUGUCGUUUGGCUGGGGCCGGGAGAGACGGUUACGGUGGAAGCGUACUACGCCCCGUGGGACGGGGUGUACAUGUUCCAUUGCCACAAUCUGAUUCAUGAGGAUCACGAGAUGAUGGCGGCUUUUAAUGUGUCUGUCCUCGAAGACUUGGGGUAUGAUGAGACGCAUUAUAUCGAUCCGAUGGAGGAGCGGUGGCGGGCAAAGCAGCAGAGUGUGGAGGCAUUUGAUGAUGGGAAGAUUGAGGAGAGGGUGAAGGAGAUGGCGGGGUAUAGGCCGUAUGAUAAGGUGGACGAGGUGGAGAGUGUGUUGGGGGAGUAUUGGGAGACGAAGACGAAGUCGGUGACGACGUCGACGACGGCGGCGCAGGUGGUGGUGCCGACGGUGACGACUAUUCCGACGACGUCCGCUACUGUGGCUCCUACUAGUGCUGGGGGCGUCACUACGUCGGUGGUGAAGGUUAGUACCACGACUUUUAAGACGUCAACGACUAGCAGCUCCUCCACCAAGACCUCAUCGACGAGUACAAAGAAAAAGGAUUAAAAUUUAGUACGGUAGACAACCUGUGGGAAAGGGGUUUGAUGAGAAAUUCUGACGAGAAAACGGUUGACGGAGUUUGGGAGUUAAUGGCGAGGACAACUGGACAAGAAAAGGGCAAAAACUGAUGGCAUGUAUGUACUUACAGGGACUAAUCGGAUAAUGACUCUUCUCAAACAUCAAA